UCCGUUGUCGGUUCCUUAGUUUGAAAUGUAGUUGUUUUUAACGGAAGUGUACAGGAUUUUAGGUACUUCUGUUGAAAAAGAAGCUAGUGAAGUAAGCCAAACAGUAUGGCUUCUCAAACGCGUUUCAGAACCCUCGAGAAUGAUCGUGUAUCAGCUGAAGAAAUGGACGAGAUUCGACAAGAAAACAUCGCAUAUCAGUAUUUGUGCCAUUUGGAGGAAGCGAGAGUGUGGAUUCAAGCUUGUAUCAAGGAAGAUCUACCACCACCUACAGAAUUGGAAGAGUCUCUGAGAAAUGGUGUUUAUUUAGCCAAACUAGCUCAUUUCAUUGCUCCUGAGACUGUGCCAAUAAAGAAAAUAUACGACUUUGAUCAGAAGUGUUAUCAAGACCGUGGAUUGCAUUUUCGACAUACUGAUAAUAUCAAUCAUUGGUUAAAUGCAAUGAAAAAAAUUGAUAUGCCAGUUUUCUUUUAUCCAGAUACCUUUGAUGUUUAUGACAAAAAAAAUAUGCCAAAAGUAAUUUACUGUCUCCAUGCACUAAGUUUGUAUUUGUUCAAGCUGGGUAAAGCCCCUCAAAUUCAAGACUUGUAUGGAAAAUUACAAUUCACUUUUGAAGAAAUUGAUGCUAUCAGAAGAGAACUUGAAAAAUAUGGAAUUCAAAUGCCAGCUUUUGGAAAAAUUGGUGGAAUUCUUGCAAAUGAGUUACCAGUUGAUGCUGCUGCCUUGCAUGCUGCUGUCAUAGCUAUUAACAAUGCAAUUGAUUUGGAAAAUCCAACAAAAACACUUGAAGUGAUGGAAAAUCCAGUGGUUAGUUUAUGUGGCAUUAUUAGUGAAACAUCAGAGAGAUAUCAAGCUACUCUUUAUGAAGCAAAAAAACUAAAAAUGGAAGAAGCGCAUAAUAGAUCCUUAGAUCUCGACUACAUUCCAGAUGUUUAUGAUGAGUAUUUGACAAAAGAUGAAAUCCAGAAUUGUGUGUUGGAUGUGAACAAACUUGUUUCACUAGAAUUAGUUGAUGAUGCUCUUAUACAAGAGGAUGAAAAGGCUUUGUUAAAAGCUUUAACUAAUUCUUAUCUUGGGUUAAAUUUAAAAGAUUUCAGUCAACUGAACGUAUCCUGGUAUCUGAAGGCUUUAACAGAAGAGAAGAACAGGCAUGAAAGUAAUAAUAAUAAUUACAUUUUAAACCAGGAUGAUAUUCAAAAUGCCAUAAAAAUUGCUAAUGUGGAAGCUUCCAAUCAGUUAAAAAUUGAUGAAGCUGUAAAAGAAAUUAAUUCUGCAAUCAGAUUGCAAGAUCCUUUUAUGACUGUAGCUGCUCUUAAAAACCCAAAUGCUAAACUAGGGCCAAUUAUAGAAGAGGCGGCUACUUUAUACCAAGAGGAGUUUUUACCAAUUCUUCAAGAGAAUGGAAAAGAUCUUGUCUAUGAAGAGAUAAAGGGAGGUGUAAAAAUUUUGUCAGCCAUUGGUAUGAUUAACUUGGCAUUAAAGAAGGGUGAUCCAGAAGAAAUGUAUGCAAUGCUGGAAAAACAAAAUGCACACAUUUCCUCAUUAGAUGCUAGGUAUAGCAGAUUUUACUACAAAUCACUUGUUCGAGCAAAAGAAGAAAAGUUCAGAAUCUAUCAAAAUAACUUCUUAACACAUUUAGAGAUUCAAGAAUGCAUAGAUGAAGUAAACACACAAGUGGAAUUAGAGUUUGUACAAGUAGAAUCUCUUAGGAAAAUCAAUCAUUCAGUAAAAACAAAAAAUGAAAAGGCUACUUUAGAGUCACUGCUUAACCCUGCUGCUUCAAUUCUUUGUGUAGAACCUACUCUUGCCACACUCUAUUUACAAUUACUUUUUACGUGUCAGCAAGAAAAGAUUGCUACAAAUCAAAAGUCUCUUGAGCUGGGAUUAGAUGAGAUACAGCAUAAAGUAAAUGAAGCUAAUCAAUUAGCUGCAGAUGCCAACCUCUCUUGCAUUGCUAUAGCAGCUGUUAAUCUGGCAGUUGAAAAUGAAAAUUUGGAUGAACUACAAGAUGCUCUUCAAAAUCAGUAUGUUGGUAUUCCAUCAGUUUUUAGCCAGUGUUCUAAGGAAUAUAUGAAGCAAUUUCAAAAAUUAAAAAGAAAAAAAGAGGCAAGUGUUAAAAAGUCAAAUAAUGCUUGUGAUGAUGAAGACAAUGCUUGGCUGGAAUAUCAAGUCAGAAGUGGAAAUUUUUAUUAUUUCAAUAUGAAAACUUUUGAGUCCGGUUGGAUAAGGCCCAGGUCCUAUAAACCAUUGUGCAGCUAUUUAACAAAAUCUGAUAUUGUGAAAGUAGUGUCUGUUAUUAACUCUGAACAUGAUCGUCAAGCAUUAUUUACAUCUGUGGAACAUUUAAUCACUUGUUUACAAGCUCAUGUUCGAGGGUUCCUUGUUCGACAACAACUUUUAAGAAAGAUGGAAUAUUAUCGUGCUAAUGAAAACAAAAUUGUACAGAUUCAACGCUGGUGGAGGCAGAAUUUAAAGAGGCAAAUCAUUCUUAUGCAUGCACAAGAAAUAAAAAGAAUCUUACCAGCCCUCGUAAAAAUCCAGGCUUGUGUGCGUAUGUGGCUUGCUCGAAGAAGGUAUAUCAAAACAAAAGAACAUUUCAAAAAUCAUGAAGAUUCUGUUAAAAAAAUACAGACAUUUUGGCGAGCUUACAAAACUAAAAGAGAUUUCAAGGAACUUAUUCACUCUCUUAAUCCACCACUGCACAUCAUCAAAAAGUUUGUGCACAUGCUAAAUGUAAAUGAAAGUGACUAUGCUGAGGAAGUGGAAUUUCAAGAGAUCCGUGGCCAAGUUGUUCAGACAAUUCGUAGAAAUAAUGAACUUGAAAAUGAAGUUAAUGAAAUGGAUUUAAAGAUAGGAUUAUUAGUUCGUAACAGAAUCACAUUACAGGAAGUAAUCAGUCAAGGUAAAAAACUAAAACAAGGGAAAAGGGGCAAUGGAUCACAAGGAUGGGAAGGACCAUGGAUUGAUACUGGAAAGGGCUUAAAAGCAUUGUCCAAAGAAAGUAGGUCUCGACUGGUUGCCUACCAGCACCUGUUUUAUGCUCUUCAAACAGAACCUAAUUACUUGGCUAAACUGAUAUUUGCAAUGUCACCAAGUCGAACAACUAAAUUUGUGGAAUCUGUUAUACUAACAUUAUACAACUUUGGUUCUACACCUCGAGAGGAUUAUCUUUUGUUACAUUUAUUUCGCACAGCUUUAGAGGAGGAAAUACACUCAAAAUUAGACAGUCCAAUGGACAUUGUUACUGGAAACCCUUUAGUCAUUCGUAUGGUGGUGGGUUUUAACAGAAACGGUCGUGGUCAAAGUUGUUUGCGUGAGUUGCUUGAACCAUUGGUUAAAGAAGUUAUUAAUGACAAAACACUACAUAUCAACACCAAUCCCAUUGAAGUGUACAAGAUGUGGAUUAAUGAAUAUGAAACACAAACUGGUCAACAAAGUACAUUACCAUAUGAUGUAAGCCAGGAAGAAGCUCUUAGUCAUGAAGAGGUUCAAAAGAGGUUUGAUAAAGCUAUUAAAAACCUGCAAGAGAAGGCUCUAACUUUUUGUAAUACCAUUGUACAGUCUUUGGACAAAAUUCCAUAUGGAAUGUUAUACAUUGCAAAAGUUCUUUACAAUUGUUUGAUUGAGAAAUUUCCUGAUACGGCUGAGAAAGAUAUUCUGAAAGUUGUUGGAAAUUUGCUGUACUACAGAUAUAUCAACUCUGCCAUUGUAGCACCUGAUGCUUUUGAUAUCAUUGACAUUGGUCCGGACCAAAACCUCACCAAUGAACAGCGUCGUAAUUUGGGAUCAAUUGCCAAGGUAUUGCAAUUUGCAUCAUUAGGAAAGGGCUUUGGACAUGAUACUGCUCAUUUGAUGUGUCUUAAUCCUUUUCUUAAACGGUGUCAUGAGAAUUUCAAAAACUUCUUUCGCCAAGCAUGCACUGUUGAAGAACCUGAAGAAUUCUUUAACAUGGACUGGUAUUCUGAAGCUACAAUGCUAACUCAGCCUACUAUAUAUUUAAGUGUCCAGGAACUAUGUGAUACUCAUCAAUUACUGGUAGAAUUUGAAGAACAAAUUGCUCCAAAUCCAACAGACAUGCUACAUGAGCUAUUGGAGGAUGUAGGUAAACCACCAACUAUACAAACUCUUGUUGGUGAAGAUAUCGAACCAACAGCUGUUGCUCAUGUAGCUCAAACAGAAAUUUGUUUGACUCUUUCAAGUAAAUUUCAGAUUUUGGGAGAAGAUACUGUUGAUACAGACCAGUUGUUUAUAAAAACCAAGCAAAUGAUGAUUGAGUUGCUUCAGCACCAGUUCCAGCAUUCAAGUCUUACUGAAAUGCUUCAUUGUCCAAUUUCCCAGAAUGAUGAAAUUCAGUUUACUCAGAGGCAAAAGCAAGUUUCUGAACUUAAUGUUUCAGUAAACCUUAACAAAUCAUCUACUUCUGGCUAUAAAAAGUAUUCUUCUUUUGAAGAUUUUCGAAGUUCCCUCAUUAAGAACCUUUAUCGUUUAGAGCUAGCAGGCUAUGUUUCAAGCAAAAAUGAUUACCAGGAAAUCCUAAACAGCAUUGCUAAGGAUAUUUACAGUUCUAGACAAUACAGACAGCACCGAAAGCAAGAACUUUUGAGGCUACGUAAUAUUCAGAAGCAGCUGGACCUAAAAACAUCUUUUAAUGAAGAGAAACUAGACUAUUACAACCAGUACAUCAAAACUUGUCUUUCCAAUUUGACUUCAGGACGCAAGAAGCUACAUCAAAGAGGAGCUAUACCUGGACUUGGAGGCAAACAAAAGAGUGAAGAAAAAGAGUUAAGAAAUAAAACAUCUCUUAAAUAUAAUGGGGCAAAGUUACAUGAAAAGGGUAUUUUGGUAGAAAUCACAGACCUUGACUCAGUUCAGCUGAAAAAUGUUUCUUUUGAAAUUGCUCCAGCACAGGACACAGGGGUGUUUACAGUGAGUGCUAAAUUUAUGGGUGUUCAGAUGGAAAAGGUAGAUGUUGACAUUCAAGAACUUCUUCAGUUUCAGUAUCAAGGUAUUGCCAUUAUGGAAAUGUUUGAAAGGGCAAGAGUGAAUGUGAACCUUUUAUUGUACUUAUUAAACAGCAAAUUUUAUGGAAAGAAAAAGUAAACAGAUAAAGUUCAUUAUUCACUAGAUGGUGGGUAUCAGGUCUUGUACAGGUUGAGUAAAGAUUAUACAUCAAAAAUGUAACCUUAAUUGAUGGACUACAAUUUAUCAAUGUAAGAUGUAACAUAAUUUUUGUAAAAAAAAAAAAAAGAGUACAUUGUAGCACUAAAUUUUUAUA